AUGCAUGCUGUCCGUAUCCUCCUGGAGAAACAUCGAGAGAAGAACUGCAGUGUGCAUGUUGCUUUUCUCGAUCUCGAGAAAGCUUUCGACCGUGUCCCACAUGAGCUGUUAUGGAUGUCCAUGUGGUUGCAUAGAGUACCAGAAAAAUAUGUGCGGUGGAAGCUGCUUUAUGCGAAGCCUACCAGCGUUGUACGAUGUACUGCUGGAACAAGCAGGCCGUUCCCUGUACAAGUAGUUGUUCAUCAGUGUUCAUCCCUCUCACCUCUGCUGUUCAUACUGUGCAUGGACACGAUAACGAAGGAAAUCCAGAAGCAGCAUCCGUGGACCCUACUCUUUGCCGACGAUGUCAUGCUCGCGUCGGAUUCUCGAGAUGAUCUUCAGAAACAAGUACAGUCUUGGAAGUAUCGGCUGCAGCAACAUGGAUUGCGCCUCAACAUAUCAAAAACUGAGUACAUGGAGUGCGGACCAGGGAUAGAGGAUGGUUCAAUUCGUGUCGGUGGCACCGAAUUAAACAAGGUGGACUGUUUCAAGUAUCUUGGAUCGAAAGUGACUUCCACAGGCGACAUUGAUCAGGUCGAGCACGUGUUAAUGCGGCAUGGAUGA